AUGAUGGCAGAUCAUACAUCACAGAUCAAAUCACCUAUAGACAAUAAGUAUAAUUCAGACAUGGAUAAUCCGGACAAUAUAGAUAACAAUAAAGAUGGUACAAUACGAAGUCUUGAAGAAAAACUCAAAUUGUUAGAUGAAGAAAAGUUAGAUCUUGAAAAUCAAAUUUAUGCAGCUGAGAAAAAAUAUCAUGAACAAUUGGAUUCUUAUUUAGCGCGUUAUAUUAAUGCAGACUUCAGUUUAGCUCAAAUGGAAUAUAUAUUGCCUGCUAAAAGAGCAAAAUUUAGUAAAGUACAUGCAUCAACAGCAACUGGUUAUUCAUCAAAUUCUAUUGGUAUUGAUGCUAGUUCAUUAAUCACAUUGAAACAUUUCUUUGAACCUUCAAUGAAUCUUGUUUAUAAAAAAUUACAUGAAAUAACAAAAGAAGCACAAAAUAAAUAUCGACAAAGUAAUGAUGAUAUGUUAGCAUGGAGAUUUUCACCAGAAAGUUCAAUAGGGAAAUCAUUAAUGUCACGUAUUCGACAAUUGUUAAACGCUAAUGAAGAACUAGGUCGAGUCAAUCAAACUGAUCGUGUAGCUAGAUUAGAAUCAGAAGCUGAAUUACAAACAACAUGUAUGAAAGAAUUUAUCAAAACCAAUGAAGACAUUGAAGGUGUACUAGAAGAAGCCUAUACAGAUUUAGAAGGUCUUCAAAGUAGUUUAUUAAUCUUGCAACAACAAAUAAAUCAAACUGAAUCAGUUGUUGAAACUUUACAGAAUGAACUAGAAUCACGUCAACCUGGUAUAGUCGCUGAACUGAUGACUGCAAUGCUGUCAAAGUUAAGUAGCGAAACAGAAACCGAAGCUGGUAAUGAUGAUGUUGAUAAUGAUCAUUGUAAAUCAAUACCUGAUAUACAUAAUAAUCAAUCUGAACAGGAUAAUAUGCAAAAUAACACUGAUAAUGUCAAAUUAAAUGAUACAUGUAGAGAGGAAAAGUAA